AUGAGCUUCUAGACCACUGACUCUAAAAAGGAAGAAUUCAGAAAAUAUUUAGAAAAGGCUGGCGUUGUUGACCAAUUAACUAGAGUUUUAGUAGGAUUAUACGAAGAGCCCAAUAAGCCUAAUAAUGCAGUUGAUUACAUCAAGAAAUAUUUAGGUUCUCCAACCGACAUAGAUGUUGAAAGAUUGUAAGUUGAAUAUGAAAAGCUUAAAGACGAAAAUUUAAGAUUAAAAAAGACAGUAGAAGAACUCAAAAAAGAACUUGAAUAAUUGAAGCCUGAAGACAAUUGA